UUUACAUGUGACAGAAAAGUGAAUAAUUUUAAAAUGGUUUUUAUUAACUAAUAAAUAAAGUUUUACAUUUAUUAGAAGACAUAAUGGAGAAUAUAGAGAAUCUUUUAAAUCAAUAUCUUUUAAUAUGUGACAAAUUACCAAAAUGUAGCGGACAUAAAGCGGAAAGUGAUAAAAAUAUAUGGGAUUUAAAUGAUUGUAUUGCGUGCGAGGACAAUUGGAAAAUAUUUUUUGAUACAUCUUUUGAUAGUGAUCAGAUAAAACUACAUUUUAAUUCCAAGUCCGAAGAAGAGCGUGUUAAGAUAUUUAAAUUUGGAAUUGGUUGUUUAAUAAACUUUGUCCGAUGCAAUUUUACUGGACCAGAUUUUGACAAAACGACUGAGGAAUUCCUUAAUGGGGAUAAGUUUAAAACUAUUGCUUUCAGCAAAUUAUUAUCAGUAAAUAAUGAAGAUAUAAAUGGAAACACGAAAUUCCCUGCGCUUCUAGCAGCCUCAAAACUAAUAUUUGAAUGGUGUCCCAUCAACACUAUCAUAAAUAUAUGGUGGUAUUGGAGAUCAGUAAUCAUUCAUCAGCAAGUUCUCGAUGAAUUAAGUCCAACUCUUCUUUCAGACGCAGAUCGUCUAUAUAAACAUAUUCAAGUAAACCCUAAUAUAAAAGAUUAUGUCAAAGCUCUACUUGAUAUUGAAGUUGCACAGCUAUAUUUAUUAUUUCGCCAUGUAUCGAAAGCUAAGGAACACAUUAUGUCGGCAAGUGGAAUAUUGGGUAUCCAUUAUAAAUUAAUAGGGGCAUUAGGCAAGCGAACAAAACACCAAGAAAAGGAAACAGCUCAGUUAUCUCUCAAAGUAACAGUGGAAGGAAAAAAUGGGAUUCAAAGGCCCGAAGAAGAUGGCGAUUUAAAUAUACCUAAGAACAUACCUUUAAAUGAUGAUGUUCGUUUAAAUUCUGUCGAAUUUUCCUCAAAGGAUAACAUGGACAACGUUUCACUUACAGUCACAGAACAGAAAUUAUUUAUUACUAUCGUUCAAGAAAUGUUGAUCGCUAAACCGCAAGAUGAAUUGCAAACUGAAGAGCUACAUCCUUUCAUAGAUUUGAUUUUGAAUCAGAAAAAUUCGUUCUCGGUUAGAGUAAUUGCUUUAUUGUUAAGAUGCAAGUUAGAGAGUAAAAAUAGGAGAACUAUAGAAAGGUCCUUGGCUCAAUGUGAAGAAAUAGUCAAUAGUUUUAAAAGAGAGAGUCCUCAUUUUCUUAACAGGGUUGCCGACAUAUUUGGAAUAGGUAUGCCCCCGAUGUGGAAAGUUGAAGCUCAACAUGCCGACGUGCUGUUAAACAUAGGACUUGUAAAGAAUGCUCUUGAUAUAUAUCUUAAAAUUAAACUUUGGGAAGAAGUCAUAGUCUGUUAUACCAUCUUGAAAUUAAGACACAAGGCUGCGGAAAUAAUCCAAGAACAGCUGAACGUUAAACCGACUGUGAAGUUAUUAUGCUUAUUAGGUGAUGCUACUGAUGACGUAACUUGUUACGAGAAGGCAUGGGAAAUGUCCAAACGAAGAAGUCAUAGAGCACAGAGGCACUGGGGUCAGUACCUGUUUCUGCGUAAACAGUAUGAACAAUGCAUUCCACACUUUGAGAAAUCGGUCAGUAUCAACCCUCUACAAUCUGUCGUGUGGUUUCGUCUCGGCUUUGCUGCUCUACAAACAGAAAAUUGGCAGACAGCCGCCACCGCGUAUAGAAGGUACACUACGUUGGAACCAGACGGGUUCGAGGCUUGGAAUAAUUUAGCGCAAGCUUACAUUAAAAUAGGAAACAAACGCAAUGCCCAUCAAGCUAUUUUGGAAGCAUUAAAAUGUAACUUCGAGAACUGGAAAGUGUGGGAAAAUCUACUAGUUGUUAGUUGUGAUAUAUCAAAUUUUUCUGAUGUAAUCAGGGCUUAUCAUAAGUUGCUAGAUCUUAAGGAAAAAUACUUAAAUAUCGAAGUAUUGAAUGUGUUAGUGUAUAAUGUAUGUAACGACGUCAAUGAUUUUGAAGGGCAGCCAUCACAGCGUUUUCUUAAAAAAACUCGGGAAUUAUUAGGUAGGGUGACGGCAAUAUAUCCCGGUGAGGGAUACGUGUGGGAGCUUUAUGCCAGCUUAGCUCCCGCUACGUUGUUAAGAGCUCAGAGGCUUCAACGAGCGUAUAGGGGAUAUAGCCAGGGCACGUGGGAGAAGAAUCCCGCUACUUGCCAACAAGUACUGUACGUAUGUACGAAACUGGCGGAAAUCGUCCUGGACAAUGAAAUCGAUCCGAAAGAUAGUUUAAUCAAUUCCAUUAAGUUAAAUCUAAGUUCUGCCAUAUCCGCUAUAAAAAAACAGGAUUGGGAAGAAACUAGGGAAUUGGUCGAACAGGUGUCUGGUCACUUAGAAAAAAUCACGGAAAAAAUUAAAAACAGCGGAUCUGAUAUUAAGCUAAGUAGGACUUAAUUUUUAUAUUUAAUAUAUUUAAAUUAGCAUUAAUAAACAUUUUAUUUUGA